ACUAGACAGGAAGUUGGUGAAUCUCAAAGGUUGGGAAACCCCUUUCAGAUUCGUGUUAAGAUUUUCAUACCCGUAAUGAACUAAGUGACAGUUGUGACAAAUUAUCUUAUAUAAUAUGGUUGAACCAAUCUUCCAGUAUCAGUUCAGACUGAUUUUGAUCGGAGACAGCACUGUAGGCAAGUCGUCUAUCCUGAGGUAUUUCACGGACGGAAAGUUUGAAGAGCAGUGCGAUCCCACGGUUGGGGUAGACUUCUAUGCUCGUCUUAUCGAGGUGAAACCUGGAAUUCGAGUGAAACUCCAACUAUGGGACACAGCUGGUCAAGAACGAUUUAGGUCCAUCACACGAUCCUACUACCGAAAUUCUGUGGGCGUGAUGAUCAUCUAUGAUAUAACAAAACGUAGCACGUUUGAGAACAUAAAGGACUGGUACGAGGAGUCUAAGAUGCACAUAGAGCCACAGAAGGCUGUAUACCUUGUGCUAGGACACAAGUCAGACAUGGAGGAACAGCGUCAGGUCACAGCAAGGGAAGGGAGACGUUUUGCUGAAAUUCACGGACAUAAGUUUUUGGAAACCUCAGCAAAAUCUGGCAAAAAUAUUGAAGAAUCCUUUGCAUUGCUUGCACGGGACAUAUAUCAGCAAUUGGAGGAUGGCCAUAUUAAACUGGAAGAUGGUUGGGAUGGGGUGAAGCCUGGAUUUUCUCGGCCGAAAGAUAAUCUGCAUCUUCUUGAAGGCGAUCCUGAGGGAGGUGGAUGUUGUUGAUGGAGUUAUCUCCCUUAAGUCUUUCCAUCAGUUUAUGUGCAAUGGCUUGUUUAGACUUGGACCCACUAUAGAUAUUGUAAUAGUACACUAUCAUCAGCUGAAGUGCUACAUAAUGCUAUCCAGUCAAUUGUACCUUGGUGUUUCAACUAUAGGUGUUGUUACUUAUAUAUGAUAUGUGACUCAUGUUUCUUAUAAAGGCACCAGAGGGAUUGAAGGAAUUUAAGAUAGUCUCCAUCGGUGUAUUUGAUGUACUUACUAUUGGAUCUGUAAUGACCUUAUACUGUAGAUCUGUAACUCUGUAUAACUAAUCCUGAUCAUCAUCAAAUUCUUGACAUGAGAUAAGGAUAUUUAUGUUAUGUAAGAAUGUUAAGGUUACUAAUUUAAGCCAAUUUGGUAUAUUGUAAUGAAGAAAAAAGUCUGUGCCACUGUCUUAGGGUUUCUAUAUUUGUGAGAGUUCUCAUCAUGAGAACCGCAAAAGUGUAAGUUUUGGGUUCUGUCUACUCUUAAUUCAUCAUUUUUAUUGUGAAAGGAUUAUUUUAUAUUUCAAGUAAUUUACUUAAGUAUGCAUUGUCUUCCAAUCUGUACAUCAUAGAUGUUAAGAUCUCGGUGAACACUGUAUCAGUAUCAGGUGGGGUAAUACAGCAGUGAUAAAGUAUUAUAGAGUUAUCUCCCCCUGUACACUUAACCAGGAAACCAAGGAUCAUCUUGCAUACACUAUUACAAGCUUUCAGUCAGAGCCUUGAGAAAAUUAACUUAAGACAUGAAAAGAGAAAAACAUGGACAAAUAUAAUGUAUUAUGAUACCUUGCACAUAUCCAUGACGAUUGUUUGGAUGAAUUGGAUUGACUUAUAUUCUCCCCACCAGUUUGUCAACAUUUAUUAUCUACAGGUGUUUCCUCUGUCUGGUUUUGUUCUAUGGAACCAAUAACUCAACUGGAGUUUUGAAUUCAGUAGUUGCAGUAGUAAAGACAGUGAUUUAAUUGUUGUGGAAUAUUGAAUGAUUUAUUUUUCUGAUGUAGUCAAAAGUAAUGACAUUUUUUGCUAAUUUGCUAUACAUACAGUUUUAACCCACCGUUUCAAUGGUUUGUGAAGACAGAUGAUACUGUGUAGGUUUUAGGCUAAUAGGUGCAAAUACCAAUAUUAUUUUCUUACAGCUGAAUAGACAUCUCAAAUUUUCAAAUGUUAUUGAUUUAUAUUUGUGUCCUAAUAGGUAUAUAUUUUGGUGUAAGUAUUUCCAAGUUUCUUACCAAAGAUCUUAUCUUUGUUUUUGAUGUAGCUAAUGACCAGAUUGUUAAUGUGUGUGUGUGUAGUAACAUGAUUAGUUGUAGACACCCAGUUGGUAAGCUACUGCUGACAUUAAAUACCAUAAUAUCUUCUUUGAAGAGAGACUACAUAAGCUUAAAUUUUUUUGUUGAUAAAAUGCUUAUUAUAUAGAACAACAAUAGAGUUUCAUUUGUUGAUGUUUGCUGCUUUACAUUGUAAGAGUCAUUGAAACUGGAAUUUUAUAACGUUGCUAAAAUUGUUUCUAAACUGCCUUUUUAGUUUCAACACACUUUCCUCUAUUUAACAAAUUACAGUUGGCACAUAUGUGGUCAAUUUUAUCACAUGGACUCCAUGUAUGUUAGCUGAAUGAAAUUUGAAUCAGGGUAGGAAUAUAUUCCUUAAAACCUAAUGCAACUGUAUUUGAUGAUCUACAAUGAAGACCAAUGUACUGUACUUGAAUCUUCCUAUCUGCAGCUGUUUUCGUCACAGCAAUGGCACCAUUUUGGAAUCUAGUAUGUUCUUCUGAUCCUUGUUGCUUCAGACUAUAUUUCUUCUUGUCAGCUGAGUUUGAUAGAAGCAUACAAGUGUCUUGAUAUAAUCCAUGAUAAAAUGGGCUCUCCAUGACUUCAGAUACUUGGCACGUCUUAUUCAUUAUGUUUAUCUCAUCUAACAAAGAUUAUUCAUUUACAUGUAUGAGAAAACCCCUUCAUGUUCAGCCUUCUCAGUCGACAAUAUAGAUUUGACUAAUUGGUCUAUGUAGUUGAUGAUGUAUAUAGAAUAUUUACACAAACACUUCAUAUUUCUUCUCAACCUUUUAUCAUGUUGGACUUCAUUAUUUUGUAUUGUAUUUGUGAAUGUGUGUUCUACAUUUUUCUCCAAAUGUCUAUUGCUGGUUGCAGAGUGCUGGAGCUCAGUCUAAACUGUAAAGAAACAAUUUGAUGCAGUGGGUGAUAGUGGCCAAGCUUUACAGUGUGUGCUGGAGGAUGAAUGGAUGAUGAAGAUGAUGAUGAUGAUGAUGAUGAUGAUGAUGAUAAAUAGCUUGUGAUAAUGGAGUGUGUGCAGUUAGUGUAGGGACUGUAUGUUGUCACUUGAUAAAUAUAUUGUCUGUUACCAUGGUACUGUGGUUCUGUAGUUCAUCUCACGCAUCUUAUAUUGAACUGACUUGAAAGAGUGAUUCCCAAACAAUUAAUGUCUUUUACUGUGUUUUGGUAUUUUCUUGGGUGCUGUGUGUAAAUUUAUAUCAUUUAAAAUCUAUAGUCCAUUUGCCUACAAAUGAGAAUAAUGAACUGAAAAUAACUCAAAAUCGGGAAUAGUCAAUUAAAUUUUAAUGUGGUGUAUGGCAAUGAAUAUGAAUAUGAAUAUGAACAAUAUCGGCUCUUUGUUAUUUUUUUUUCAUCACUGGAAAAGGUUGUUGAAGAGGUUAUCAUGUUGUUUUGUGUAUAGGUUGACACCUUAAUCUUAUAAUGCACAAUGGUAGGAGGAAUAGUGCAAACAUGCACUUGCACAGCAAUAUAUACUAGACUAUUUCCGAUUUUGAGCUACUUUGCAAUUCAUCUUUCCUUUUGGAGAUAAACAGACUAUAAAUAGGGAAAGUACAUGGAAAGUACCUGAAAAGUAGAGAAAUAGGUCCCCCAAAGUAAUUCUGUCACUGGUCAUAAUGGUCCCAGAAACACAGUCGUCUAUAUAUGAUAAGUGAUGUGAACACACAAAUCUUUUGCCAUCUGCAAUCUGAAGGCAAUGAAGGCGCAAAAGGGUAGUCCAGAAAUGUUACAAAGAAGUUAUCCUUAAGAACGUUUUAUUCCUUUAUGUUCUACAACCUCUAAAUGGCAAUCAAACAUUUAGCUAGCUCAUAGUUUUCCACUGAAGGCUUGUAGGUCAGCUACAGACCCACAAUAUUACAUGUAUGUUGUCUGAAACCAGAUCCGUAUACAGUUCUGGCUUUAAUGAGUAGUUUUCAUUAUAUAUGGAGCAUUUGGCAGAAAGGGAUUUGUUUUCUCUCUUGACAUUUUUCAUUGUUUACACACUGCUAUAAGCUGUUUUAGCAAGAGGGAACUGACAAUACCACUUUAGUUAUGAUGGUUCUUAGAUCAGGCCAACAAGUCAUAAUUUACGUUUGGGGCUUUUUCAUUAUAUAAAUGAAAUGGAUUAUCCAUGUAAACAAAGGCAAAUACUACAGAAAAGUUUCUAGAACAAUGGAAGGACAAUCACAAUGUGUGACAAUGUAAUAUGCAAAUUUUGUGCAUGUUUUAAGCAUGAGAGUACCUGGUAAAUGUCUGUAUUCCAUGUAGAAAGUACUGUGUGAGUGUUUGCAAUCUUCACAAACAUAUAAGUUUUAUGCUUCAAGCCUGCCAUGUUAAAAUAGCUUCAAAUAUUCAACAUGUGAGGUAGCCUCUUGAAAUCUUGCAACUACGUGCAUGAGUAGCCUUCUGUUAGGUGUUGUAACUGUUACAGUUGACUGUUCUCUGUUGUUGACUGAUAGCCUAUGACACAAUACCCUAAAACUCUAGUGUGUGUUGAUGAUAUAUCUGUGUGCGAGGUGUAGUGGGGCCUAUAAAUGGCAAACCAACAAAUGAGCAAAAAUAGUAAAAAAAUGGUAAAGAGGGAUGGAAUUCAGCCCCUUGUCAAUGGUUUACACUAUCACUGCACAUAUGUAACCAAAUAUUUCACAUGCCAAAAUGAGUGUGUGUGUAUUAUGAUGCUUGUUGUGGUAUGUGAAGGCUGAGUGUUGGUAGGAACAUAAUUUGAAAUUGUAUGUCUAUUCAACAUUUUGUAUGAUUUGACAGAUUUGUAUGUUUACUGUACCAUAAUUAGGUGUACAUGAUAGAAGAAGUGUGAUGCUGUAUUAUGGUGUGAUAUGGCUCAUGGUAUUCAAGUAUUAUACAGUGUCCACUAAACAAUGUGAUCAGUCUGCAUGGACACUUUGAUAAAGAAUACAUGUAAAUUUGAUUUCCUGCUUCAUUGCCAGGAUAUGAUGUCUUGCUUAUUUGAUCACCCUAUGAUUAAUAAGGUUUAAAUCAAAUUUCCUUUCAAAUUCAUAAAUCCAAAGUUUGCUUCUUGAUAAAGGAUUCUGUGCUGGUACUGUAUUAUGCUACUGUAUAAUUAAAGUGGACAGUGAUUGAUUGGUUUACUUGCAGAUACAGGUAAGAUAAUUUGUCAAUAGUAACACUUAGUGGAUCCAACACUUAGAAAAUAUUUUAUUAUAUCACCUGUUGUAGAAGCUAACCUAUUACUCCCUUGGGAAUAAUUAUACAAAUGGCAGGCAUAGGUACUGAAAAUUGACCCACGUGUUACGCUAUGGAAGGCAUCCUGUACAUGGAAUAAAUCCAGUAUAUUGACAGUACUCUAUAUACACUGUGAUCUUACUGGUAUUAUUAUGUUAACAAUCAUUUAUGACAUUAAUGAAUCAGGGUCAAUAAGAUGCAUAUCAGUCUUGACUGAUAACCUAGGGAUAUCAUUUGAACUUAGUUCAGCAUAUCAUGUACAUCAUUCAUUUUGUUGCUAAGCAAAUAUAAAUACCUGUGGGUACACCAAAGUGACAAAUAUGUUGCCACAUCCUUAAGAAACCUCUGCCAAGAGCAGAAUCAGUUGCAUCAAUAUAUCAUGAGUAGGUGUAGGCAUCAUGAGGAUGAUAACAGGUUUUCGUGAAAAUUUGAGAAUAUCCUGCCCUAUCACAAACACAUGCAAAGGAUAGUCAAUUAUUCAUCUAAAAAAGACAGGAAUGUAUGGUACAAUUCAAAAAGGGUGUUGAAUAAGACAUUUUGGACAUAUUUCACACUUCCCAUGUCAAACCUACCUGUGAAAAUAUUCAAAUUUAUGUUUAUGAUAACUGUAAAGAACUUUUUUUUUCCCUGGUUAUUGAAUUAAAAAAUAGCAUGAAAAAAUUCAUUAUUAAAAGAUAUAUAUAUAUUAUGUCUGUAUCAAAUUACAGAAUUAAGUACAUGAACGAUACCAAUAUUGAUUCAUUCUGUAUAUAUUAUUUUCAGAUGUUGAUAUGUUGUCGCUUUUGUUGUAGAAAUUCUUUAAAACUGAAGCAGAAUUCCAUGGCUUUGGCAUAUUAUUCAUGUGUUCAGUGACAGCUUAUCUCUGGGCUUGUCUAUUAAGUAUACAUGUAUAUAUUGUAAAGGUGGACACUUAUUUCAAAUUGGUUAUGAAUAGUAGCUGUUGUUUCAAAGAUUGUAUUAUUUUGUUAAGGCCAAUAAAAUUCAUAUCUUCAAAUAAGUACUGGGAUGUAUUUAGACCAGAGUUCUGGUGAUGGUGAAUAUUUCUGUUUUUAUUACAUAUGUAUGCACAUGUAUGGCUGAUUAACACAUUUUAGAGGAUGUUGAUGAUGUUGAGUUUUAAUGUUUCAAUUUUAUUUAACAACACCACAAUAUUGAACAAGCUGACAUAUCAGAGGCAAGAGGACAAUAGGUGUUGCUUCCUUUCUUUUGAAGAAUAUUGAUUUGUGUUUGUUAAGGACCUUAAUACAUCAGAUGAACUCAUCAGUGAAGAAGACUUGUGGUACAGCUGGGAACUAUUCAUUGAAUGAUAAUCAAUUCUUGCAGUACAAUGGUAUUAUUGCUAAUUUUGAUGAUAUACUAUUUUUGUUUUGAAUAAACUUUGCCAUUUUAGAAGGUGGUCAAAUGUAACACGUUAUAUUUGGGAUUACACUUUCUCAGUAAAGUACAGAUUCUAGAACUUUGUUGGGUCGAGUCCCAUCCGAAAUACAAACCCUCACUGUCAGUCAGGAUGUGAGUUUGAAUCCUGAAUGAGAUUUUACCCAACAAAAGUACUAGAAUCUGUACUUUACUGAGAAAGUGUAAUCCCAAAUAUAACAUGUUAUAUUUUUGGUUUUGUUUUACAUUUUGGUUUUGAACUUGUUCUAAUUCAAUAUUCUGCCGAUUCAGAAACAAAAUCAAUAUGGCAGAACUAGGGUCAAGUGACAGUCUUUGCAAAAUUGUCUCCAGUCAUUCUAAACACUUUGCUUGCAAACAUAUGAUGGAUAUCAACCAGUAGUUUAUGGUAUCCCCACUGACAACAUCUCUGUUUCACACACAUCACUAGAACACCAUUUUUUAAUGAACCUUAACUUCAUGACAUGCAUCUAUCUGGAUGUUAAUUACACAAAUUACACAGAGACAGUGUUUUAACUUUCAUGCACUAUGCUAAUUAUGUCAUCUGUAUCUAGACUGUAGGGCACAUCAUCUGUAUCUAGACUGUAGGGCACAUCAUCUGUAUCUAGACUGUAGGGCACAUCAUCUGUAUCUAGACUGUAGGGCACAUGACUGUGAGGCACAAUUCCCACUUUUUACAUAUAGUGUAUUGUAACUAGGUUUAUUUUGCUACCCUACCAGAUAAAAUGUGUAAGAAUAUUAUUUGUGUCAUUAUGUUGUAAUUUGUGCAACUUUUUGAACAUUAAUGAAAAUCUAUUACUGACCCAUGAUGCGGUAAGCUUCAAAUGACAGUUUAAGAGACACAUUUACCAACUUCACUUCCCUAGUGUCCUCGUGAAAUUAUAAUGUUGAUUUUACACAUUUUAUUAUAAUCCUUCCAAACAGGAAUUAUCCAGAUUCUGUUUAGAAUAGAAAUAGCAAGGAUACAAAACAUGUCAAAGAUGGGACACAUGACUGGACACAUUGAUGUUUUGCAUUCAGUUGAGUGUGCUCGGCACAUAGUCAGCCUCUAUAAACCUACAAUAUUUUGUUAUUCUGAUUUCAGAGGAUAUUCAUUAUUCUUUCAUAAUAAUUACAACUCAUUAUCCCAGUGACAUAACAGUGCAGUAUCUAUGCUGUGAUAUUCUAACUGCUUUUUAAAAUCGUUUCUGUGUGGUUAUUUCCUAAAUUUAUUGGUUUACAACUGUAAAGAGUUCACAUUCUACCAAACACACAGCUCUAUAUAUCACACAUGUAUCAAUACACAUAGCUCUCUGUAUUACAUGUACAUGUAUAUCAAUACCCACAUGUCUAUAUGUCACAUGUAUAUCUGGUACUGUUGUUUGUUGGCCAGUAUCUUUCAGUUGCUACUUGCCAUAUGCAUACAUGUGUGUUAAUAUGUUGUAAGUGCAAUAUCAUUAUUGUUUUAAUGCAGCCAGUGGUUUUUGGUUGCCUCUUGCAGUUGUGAACACUGGUAUGCACUAAAGUGUUGAUAAUAAUAAAGACAUUCAUGCAGUCUA